AUGAAACAGCGUGUGGUAGUUUCAUCCGUGGCACGCAGCAGCUGCUGCUGCUGGCGCCGUCUCGCCUUUGUUCCGCUGCGGGUACAUGUGACCCCGGCAAUUUCGCUAACAACUGUAUGUGUGCCACUGUCUCUCCACGUGCGUGCCUUCGCCACGUCGAAGGGCGGCAACGGCCCAACAGAGGAUGAGUACGUCUUUGAUCCCACUCUUAGCGUGCAGAAGGAUGCGGCAGUCAAUGUCGCCAAGAGGAGCCUGGAUGGCAUUCUUCAGGAGCUGCUCCCCGAGAAUGCCCCUGAGUCUGCACGGCAGAAAGUGGUGACAUACCUUCAGCAGCAUCCCAUAGACACCCUCAUUACGCAGCCAAAGAUUCAGAUCACGCAUGUGGAGGAUCCCGAAUCUGGAGCCGAGACAAAGAUGUCAUUGAGCCCGUGUGAUCUGUCAGAGGCGCUGCAGCAGGCACAGGAGCGGUCGAUGAAUCUUGUGCAAAUGGGUGCCCGCGGGGAUGUGGCAUACUGCCGCAUUCGCCACGAAUACCCCCGCAUCUUGAGCCUGGUGAGUGUGGAGCUGGAAGCGCUGCGUGGAGAGGAGGGGGUAGAAAAGGCCGGUGGCCGUAUUGGUGGUAGUGGUGGUGACAGCCACGCAGAUGGCAAACUACGUGAGCUUAUCGAUCACCAAUUCCGAGACGUUGUGGACACGCACUUUGUGGGAUGGCGCAGCAAAAAGAUCGUGGAUGACAUAAAGAAACGGCAUCCAGUCAAGCUCACCAUCAGGGAAUUCCAAUCCCCGGAGGCGGCCGUCACAAAGCUGCGGGAGAUGUGCCAGGCGAUGCAGCGCUACGCUGAAGAGAAGGUUAUUUACCACCACUUCACUAGCAUCGUCGCGAAUGAACGCGAGGCGAGUGUCACCUUUUCACCGUCCCUUCCCUCAGCGAAGAGCAAUGCGUGGAAACACAUAAAAUACCCCGGGGAGAAGGAGUGGGCACAUGCCAAAAAACGCAUGGAGGAGGCCUGUCGCAAGAGUGGCCGCUACGGCACGUACUCGAAGAGCAGCGCGCUAAAACCACGAUCGCUUGGACAGACCCUUUUUCGUGUGGACAAGUAUGGAAGGAAGAUCGACUGA